AUGAAGAAUUGUUUUGCUGAAAAUGUAUUUUUGCUGUGGGUUACUGCUAUCGCUUUUUCUCCUUUGGCUUGUGGUGAUGGAUGCAGCAAAGAACAGACGAGAGCUCUCUUGGAGAUGAGAAACUCCACAAAUGGUUUAGCCUUUGCUGGCUGGGACGGAAGAGACUGUUGUGAAGCAGAGGAAAUUCGUUGUUGGGGUAGAAAUGGGGGAGUUAGCUCAAUAUCUUUGCGCGGCUACGGCAGGGCACCAUCAAGUAGUACUACAUGGUAUCCAAAUGUAACCUUGUUCACCUUAUUUGAUGAACUCGAAGAACUAUAUCUUAUUAACAUGCAAAUUGGAGGAGGGCUUCAACCUUUUUGCCAACUAAAGCGAUCAAAACAUCUAUUACUGCUGGAUCUUUAUUAUAAUAGAUUGGAAGGCAUUAUUCCCUCCUGUCUUGGGAUGAUUGAAAACAUUGAAAAACUUGAUCUUUCGAAUAAUCUCUUUCAUGGUAAUUUACCUCAAUCAAUAUUCUCCGAAAAAAGCAAGAUUACGACGUUAUAUGUUUCUGGCAAUCAAUUAGAAGGGGUAAUCUCAUUUUCUAUUUUUGCCAAUGCAUCAAGACUCGAGUUCCUCGAUCUUUCAAGAAACAAAGAUUUGGAAAUUGAAACCGAGUCUCCCUCAUGGGUUCCAACCUUUCAGCUAUUAUAUCUGAACUUAGCAAACUGCAACCUCAACAAGAAGAAUGGUCAUGUUUUCCCAAGCUUCAUCUCCACCCAAGUUUUCUUGUUCGAGCUAGACUUGUCUCACAGCUUAAUAGAGGGAAGUGUACCUUGUGAGCUACUACUACUCAACACGAGUAUCCAAGAUUUAUACUUGAGAAGUAACCAAAUUGAUGGCUCUCUUUCUUUUGGUAGCUUUGCUAAUCAAACUUCAUCACUUAUAGCCUUCGACAUAUCAGAAAAUAAUGUCACAGGUUCUCUUCCUGAAAAUAUUGGGCAUCUUCUUCCAUACUUAUAUUAUGUUGACAUGUCCUCAAAUGCAUUAGAGGGCAUCAUUCCUUCGUCUUUUGGUAAUUUGUCUUUUGGGAUAUUAGACCUUUCUAAUAACAAGCUCUCAGGUACAAUACCUCGAGGUUUGACUAGAGAUGGUACCCCACUGGUAUAUCUAAAUCUAUCAAAUAAUAAAUUGAAAGGAGAAAUGCUCCCAAGGGACUCCAACAUGACAAAGUUGAAAAGCUUACAACUCAACGGCAAUCAAUUUGAAGGAAUGAUCUCACCCACCAUAUCAAACAGUCCCAAUUUGGUAAUCCUAGAUAUUGGAAAUAAUCACUUGUCUGGUAAUAUUCCAAAGUGGUUGUAUGAUCAUCCUCGCUUGGUGGCUGUUCUUUUAAGUGGAAAUCGAUUUGAAGGUCACCUACUCCGUAGAAUGUGUGGAAUGCAAAGUUUGCAAGUUUUCGAUAUCUCUAAUAAUCAUAUUUCAGGAGGUAUUCCCUCAUGCCUUGAUAACAUUACAUUUUGGAAGAAGAGUUCUCCAAACUCUACUGACUCGAACUAUUACACAGUACAGAAUCCUCUGUAUGACAUUGAAUAUCCAAAUGGGCAAAACAAGAUAUUGCAAAUUCAAAUGUCCUUGCGAAUAAAAUAUGAGGUAUAUACUUUCCAAGGUAUCCCACUCUCGUUGAUGUCUUUAAUUGACAUGUCAUCUAACCAAUUGAUAGGGAGCAUUCCUUCUGAAAUGGGAGAAUUGUUACAGCUUCGAUCCUUGAACUUGUCGAAUAAUUUU